AUGGAAGCCGAAUUCGCUGAGCUCAAGGCUGAAGUCAAGAGACUCCAUGCCAAACUGCAGAAGGUCGAGGACGAGGCGGAAAUUCGCAAGGUCCAUUUCAAAUAUGGCUACUACAUCGACAAGUGUCUGUACAACGAGGUCGUCGACAUGUUCUCCAACCACCCCGACGCAUACGUCGAGUUCCUAGGGUCGCGGUACCGGCGCAAGGAAGGGAUCCGCCGCCUCUACGUCGGCCGGUUCCAGACACACUUCGUCGCGGGCCGCAACGGGCCCGUGCACGGAUUCCUACUGGACCACCCGAUGAUGCAGGACAUCGUGGACGUGGACGCGUCCGGGACGCGUGCGUGGGCGCGCAUCCGCGCGCUGAUGUCGGCGGGGACGCACCAGUCGAUCCAGGAGGAGCACCCGCGGGGCCACGCGCAGUGGUGGGAGGGCGGGCUGUACGAGAACGAGUACAUCAAGGAGGACGGCGUGUGGAAGCCGUUCCGGUACCGCUACUUCCCCUUCUGGCACGCCGACUUCGAGCGCGGGUGGGCACACACCAAGAAAAACUACAUCCCCUGGCCGACGAAGACGUACCCCGAAGACCCCCUCGGGCCCGACGACCUGCUCGAGCAGAAGAUGCUGUGGCCCGACACCCGCGUCGUGCCGUUCCACUACCCCCACCCCGUCACGGGCGAGAUGGUCAAGUCGGACGACCUGCGCGCGCCGAAAUACGGCCAGGACGUCAGUACCAGCUUGCCGCCGCUGAGUAUUGCCUUGCCCAAGGACCAGCUGGAGAAGGAGAAGGAGAAGGAGGGGGAGGAGGCCCAGAAGGCGGCGGCGGUGGAGAAGACGGUGGUCGAGAAUGGCGAGAUAGCAGACAGCACGCCUGCUUGA